UGGGCGCCAAGUCUCUCCUCACAUUGACGGGCAAGCAGCGUGGGCUGUGGGUGUAAAAUAACCGGCUGCAGGGACCAUGCUCUCCAAGAAGAAGCCGGCCGGGGACGGACAGACCGACCAGUGGGUGCUGGUGGCCCCAGAAUCUCUAAAAGAUGAUGCAAAAACUAAAAGUAAUAAAACAUUAUUCCUGAAACUACGCAGUCCAUUAACAGAGAAAGGAGUCCUGUGCCUGUUUAUCAACAAUGGACAACAACUCUGUGAACUGAAAGCUUUCCAUGAAAAAUGUCGCUCAUGGUUCAUAGGUCAGACAGUUCAACAAGAUGGGAGACUUUUAUUUGCAUCACCAGCUGAUCCUUUAUUUUUCCUGCUGUACUAUUUGCUUAAAGCAUAUAAAGAGCAGGGGAAGUUUCAGCCAUUGGAGCAGAUUGUGGUAGAUGAAGAGUUUCCUUCUUGCAACAUGCUGUUAAAAUGCAAUCAAGUUGCUCAAACUGUUCAUCAUAUUACUGAAGAAAAGGAAAUUGGCAACAAGACGUUUUACAAGUACAGCAAAGAAAAAACACUUGCAUGGUUAAAGAAAAAGGUGGAUCAGACAGUUAAGGUUCUGAAAAGCAGCAAUAUUUGUGUUGGAGCAGGUGUCCAGUCAGCUAACUUUAUUCGGAGUAAACCAGGACCUGAUGUUAAAGAGGAGGACUACACGCGUUACGCACAUGGCUUGAUAUCUGAAUAUUUACCUGAGGAUCUUCCGGAGGAACUCUCAAAAUAUCUAGAGUUGCCAGAACUAUCCAGUCCAAUUCACGAGCCCCCUGUAAAGAAAAGGAGAGUUUCAGACACACCAUUGGAAGCAGAUGAGGACUACACAAAAUUUAACUCCAACAGCAAAAACAAAAAGACUAAUAGCAAGUUGACAGCAGCACAGAAAUCAUUGGCCAAAGUGGAUAAGAGUGGCAUGAAAAACAUAUCCUCAUUUUUUGGUCCCAAGAGCAAGGUGUCAAAAUGAAGA